AUGGCGCCUCCAUACGGGUGUGACGUAGUACCGUGUGCCCGCAACACCAUGAGCGCCUCUAACACAAAGAAAAAGUCAAAUGCUACAUGCAUCAUCUUUCUGUUUACCCUCUUGUGCAUCGCGGGCCUCGUCAUCGCGCUCCUGUCGUCCGCCUAUUCCGACGCACUCCGGCGGGCGAGGAAGGCAGAGGACGACGCUCGGACAUCGUGGCAAAGGGCCGAAACGGAAUGGCGGAAGAAGGAGAGUGAAUCUAUAAAGGCAGCGGAGAAGAAGGCCAGUGCCUACCACCAGCAGGUUAAGCAGACGCAGGAGAAGGUGAUCCGAGCUCAAAAAGCCACUGAGGGCUUCGAGAAGAGGAUCCUGAAGGCGGAAAAGGAAGCCGCCCUUGCGAAGAAGGACAGCCAGGAUUUUCAGGAUAAACUUUCAGACACGCUGACGGAGAUCGUGCGGAUGACGAAGGAGAGCGAAAGGCUUCAAGAGAAACUGAACAAGGCACAGAAAGAGGCCGAAGAAGCCAGACAAAAUGCCAAGAUGCUUGGACAAUUAGUUAAAACUUGCGCCGUGGUUACUUCAGAAAAGCCUGAGGUUUUAACAGAAAAUUACAACGUAAGAAGGGAACCUACAAAAAAGGAGUCAGUGACAGGUCUGGUCGAGCUGCCCAAACCAUUACUUCCUAGGUCUCCUCCUAGGAAUGAAGAGACAACCUAA